GGCUCGCGAUGCCGCACUAUGACGCCGCCGCACAGCUUCGCCAUCCGCGACUUGUUGCCCGAGGCGUCCUCCCCCGCACCCUCGCCACCCUCACCCUCGCCGCCCGUCUCUCCCCUGCCCUCCGACACCGAACUCGACGUCACCGGCACCGGGACGCCGCCGCCCGGUGCCUCCGCCGGCACCAGCACUCCCGACCGGACUAAGAGCGAAAAACCCGCCUACAGCUACAACGCCCUCAUCAUGAUGGCCAUCCGCAGCAGCCCCGAGAAGAGACUCACGCUCAACGGUAUCUACGAGUACAUCAUGAAGAAUUUUCCCUAUUACAAAGAAAAUAAGCAGGGCUGGCAGAACUCCAUCAGACACAACUUGAGUCUGAACAAGUGCUUCGUGAAGGUGCCGCGGCACUACGACGACCCCGGCAAAGGUAAUUACUGGAUGCUGGACCCCUCCUCGGACGACGUGUUCAUCGGAGGUACGACGGGUAAGCUGCGCCGGCGCAGCACGGCCGCCUCGCGGUCGCGUCUUGCGGCGUUCAAACGCGGCGCUAUCCUGCACCCGAUGUUCGGCAACCCGUACGCCUCGCUGGUGGGGCUGUACCCGCCGCUGCUGUCGGUGUACGGGCGCUACGCGCUGCCGGCGCCGUUGCUGCGCCUGCCGCCGCCACCCGCCGCCUACCACCAGCUGUACCGGCGACUGCACGGCCUAGCGCCGCCGCACAGCCCACCACACGCGCCCCACGCUCCGCAUGAGCCCCACGACCCUCGCGAGCCUGAUCCCCACAUUCUGAAGCAUAGUUGAUAGAAGCAGUGUGACGGCCCGUUUCGAAGGUAUUCCCGCGAUAUCUCCCCGAAGACGCGCCGCCCGCGCCGACCGCGCCGCGGUGUCCCAGACUGUGAUACGAGUGAACGUGAACGACCGAGUGUAUGACGUGCGACCGGCUGCCUGUCGCCGCUGCCCUCUCUAUUUAUUUAUCGCCGUAAGAAUUUAUUUAAUAAAUAAAUAUAAUUUAACUUUAAGAGGCUAGUUUAAGUUAUAUUGGACGCAAUAAAUGUUUCGAGCAGUUUGCUUACAAAAAUGUGUUCAUAUUUAUCCUUAUCUCGUAAAGGUAA